AUGGCGGUACACCAGAGGCUUCCUCCAUGGCUCAGUCUGAGAGUAGUCUAUUGCAGUACUGUAGUGCCCUCUGAUGAAGUAACAGUGGUUUACCAAAACGGGUUACCUGUGAUUUCUGUGAAUCUUCCAUCCCGGCGUGAGCGUUGCCAGUUCACACUUAAGCCUAUCUCAGACUCUGUUGGAGUGUUCUUACAGCAGCUGCAGGCAGAAGACCGGGGAAUUGACCGGGUCGCAAUCUACUCAUCAGAUGGCACACGAGUAGCUUCCUCAACAGGCAUAGAUCUUCUCCUCUUGGAUGACUUCAAACUGGUCAUUAAUGACAACACAUACCACGUUCAACCACCAAAGAGAGAACUCUUAAGCCAUGAAGAUGCAACCACGCUAAAUGAUGUGAAGACAUUGGUUCAGCAGCUAUAUACCACCCUGUGCAUUGAGGAACACCAACUGAACAAAGAGAAGGAGCUGAUUGGGCGGCUAGAGGAACUCAAGGAGCAGCUAGCACCUCUGGAAAAGGUCAGGAUGGAAAUCAGCAGGAGAGCAGAGAAGAGAACCACCUGGGUGCUCUGGGGUGGGCUGGCUUACAUGGCUACUCAGUUUGGGAUUCUGGCCCGGCUCACCUGGUGGGAAUAUUCUUGGGACAUUAUGGAGCCAGUCACCUACUUUAUCACCUACGGUAGCGCUAUGGCAGUGUACGCUUACUUUGUAAUGACACGUCAGGAGUAUGUCUAUCCAGAUGCCAGAGACAGACAGUACUUAUUAUUUUUCCAUAAAGGAGCCAAAAAGACUCGUUUUGACCUAGAGAAAUAUAAUCAACUCAAGGAUGCAAUUGCUCAGGCAGAAUUGGAUCUUAAGAGGCUUCGAGACCCACUGCAAGUUCACCUGCCUAUCCAGCAAAUUGAUGAUAAAGACUUAUCAGCAAAGAAGCUCUGAACCCCGGCAGAAAAAACCUGUUCAUAGCUCUUGCCUUUUUAAUUAAAGCAUUGCAGGUGGAAGCUGGGCGGUGGUGCAAGGGUGGAGGGUUUUUACUGUUAAUUAAAAAAUAAAAAGGACCAUGGGAAAAAAUAUUUUAAAUCCGAAGAUUGGGCAUUGUGGAAUGCUGGUUUCGAAAAGGGCUUGGCAAAUUCACCGUCACAUUCAAAUGUUUGUGUGUGGAUGAAAAUUAUAUACAAAUACAACAUUGGGGGUUUUCAUAAACAAUGUAAUGCUGGGGAGUUCUUCCAGUUUUGCAGGGUCUGCCUUUUGAUAAUGCACCAGCAGCCUGCUCAGCUUUAUUUUUAAUUUCCCUUUUCCUGAUUUUGAGAUGUACCAAUAACAGAUCACUCCAAAAGAUAACAAAAUAGAAAAAAAAUCCCACCAAGCCACCUGGAGCUAUGACUGGUGAUCAGAACUUGUGCUCUACACCAUUAAUACAUGCACUUCUGAUUGGACUUAGUCUUUUAUAAAGUUACUGUAAGACUGCUUUCUACUGGAAAACCAUGAGCAUCCCAUCCUCUGCCAGCCCCCACACACUCCACUGACUUCUUCCAGUACUGGUUUGUAAGUGAUCGGCUUUAACCAAUGACAAAUGAAACAAAUGAACAUUUGAUGAUUGACACUUUGGAUUAUUCCUUAACUUCUUAAACCUUGACAUGUCCCAAUGCCCUGGAUCUACUUCUAAAAAAUCAAUGGCAACAUUGCAUGAAAGGUUUUUUUUGUAUUCAGUCUUGAGGGCAAGGGGUCCCUCUCCUCCCGCCCCAAAUCUGGUAGCCACCUGGACUAUGAAAUCAUGAAGGUUUGAAGGAUUAGGCAGUUUGCUUCAAAUUCUGACUUUUACUUAACUAAGAUGUCUCGAACAUUUAUAAUUGACCUGAAUAUUUGACUGCUUCUAUAAGAGGAUAAAUGGUCUCCUUUGUGGUCAGAGCGUCUUACCUGGAGGCUUAGCUGAAGGCCAGAGCUUCUGUUACUGAAGACGCACCAUUUCACCUCAUUUUACUAGCCCUCCCUUAAUUAAGGUAGCUUUAAAUGAACACUCCAGUACCCAAGGGUCAGAUAUUCUUAAGGGUGGCUAAUUGCAUAUGUCCUUAAAUAAAAGAAAUUGAAGAAGGGAAAUCAGUUUAUUGUCCUCCACCUCAUCCAGAACCAGAUGAUUUCCAAGCAGAUUCAAUAUAUCUGUUCAAAAUGGAUCGGUCUCUCUAGCUUCCUGUUAAUAAAUACCGUGGAGGCAAGAUGGAGGUAGGAGAAAAGCGCUAAGCUUAAUACUCUAAAAUGCUGGCUGUUUUCUAUCGACAGUUCACUACUACUUUUCACUGUGUUGUGGCAAGAAGCUCCCAUUUUUCUUGGAGAACAGUGUUUGAAAAAAAGAAAAAACAAAAAAAACAAGCAACCAAUAUUAACCAUACGCCAGGUGCCUUGCAGAUGUGGAAACACAGACGGGAUUGUUGCUGCCUCUCCUCACUCGAUGGCAUGUUGGACUGAAUGGAUGCAUGUUUCUAGUUUUUUUCUCUUCACCUUUUCCCCUCUGUCUUUGAGAUUUAAUUAUGUUGUGUGAAUUAUUUUUAAUCUGUUUUAUCCUGAUUCUGUGCUGAGUUUUAAAGGGAAACAAAUGAACACAGACCUGUAGCUGAAUCCUUGGUGUGUGUUUUAAGGUGAGGGAGGGGGCAUGGAGAAAAGUCCUUAAUUAAAAUAAAUUUAAAAAAAAAGCAAAAUACUGAACAUGUGUAAAAUCCUGUAUCAUUUAUGAAAUAUGUAUAAAAGAGCAAUGUACUUCUGGAACAAUAAAUAACUAUUCAAUUUUUAAAUUCAA